CGAACCAAUCUUUCCCCAGAGGCGGGCCUUUUCCAAUUUCCAGUGGGAAAUUUUUUCCCUCUCUGUUAGGGUUUCGGAGAGUGUGCUUUCUUCCCCAUAUCCUCCCUCUCCGCAAUCCCGCCCAAUGCUAACGGAAGGGACGACCCACAAGAUACAACAUCUCAAAGCUUGAAACUUUGAGCCAAGAAAAGGAAGAGGAGCCUUGUAAUGGCGUUCUCGUUCUCGACUCCGCAGCAGCAGCAGCAGACCCCAUCAUUUUUCCAGUCUCAGCCGCAGCAGCAACAACAGCAACAGCCUUUCUCCAGCAGUUUCUUUCCGCAGCAGCAACAACAACAGCAACAACAACAAUCUCAGCUGUUUCAGCCGCAGCAGCAACAGCUGCAACAGCAAACUCAGCAGCAACAAUUGUUUCUUUUUACUAAUGAUAAAGCUCCUGCUACUUACAGCACUAAGUGGGCAGAUCUUCAUCCGGAUUCCCAGAAGCUUCUGCUCCUAAUCGAGGAGCGGAUAUUGGAGCACAGGGAUGAGAGUAACAGGCUAGAUCAGUGUAGCCGUCUUUACGAUUCAUCAGUCUUGAAUGAAGGGUUCGAGCUUGAUGCCAGCCAUAUUGUUCAGGUAUUUUGCCUUUACCUUCUGGAACUUGGGGGGAUUAACACUGCCAUGGAAAGACAAAAAGCUGUGCUGCAUGAGCUCAUGUCCAAUGUCAAAGACAUGUUAAGAAAUACAGAGAUGGCUGUCCGUUCUUUCAUGAUGCUCCGUCCAAGGUUUAUCCACCCUACUGCAGGCGGUUCUUCCAAUGUCACUGCUCCAUCCCAGCCACCAAAUUCUGCCAGCCAACCAUCUUCUACUUCCCUAGGACCUGUAUUUGAUUUCUACAGUGGGCUUCCAAAAAAGCCGUCUCCCUUCCUACAGCAAACAGUUGUCAGAUUCGAGAAGUACUUGGGUGAAUGUCGGCAAUGGAUUGAAGAGUUGGAGCAGCUUCUCCUUUUAGAUUCCUACAGGAACUCUUCCCACCCUGAAUCCACAUUGCUGCAGUCUCUCCCUAAGGUCAUGUCAAAUGUGCAUGACUUUUUCGUCCAUGUAGCUUCUAAGGUGGAGAGCAUACAUCAGUAUAUCGAAUCAAUGAGGACAGCUUACCUUGCGGACCAGCGGCGUCGAGGUGAUGUGAAUGACCCGUUUCUUGAGGCGGAUCGUCGUGAGACUGCGAAACAAGAGGCUGCUGCUAAGAGAGUUCAUCCAACUCUGCAUUUGCCGGCAUCAAAUUCUCAGCCUUCGAAUCAAGUUGCUGGGUUGCUACCUGCACCUGCUGCAUCAUCAACUGCUCCGCAUACAUCUUUGGCAGCAGCAGCAGGACCAGCAGCUCCUUCAGGGACUGGGUUAUCUCUGUUCAGCACACCAUCAUCUUCUGCUCCUGUGUCUUCUAUGUCGGGUUCUUCUUUGUUCGGUACACCAACACCAUCUGCGCCGCCUACAUCUUCUUUGUUUGGGACAUCAUCAGCAUCAUUGUUCAGUCCUGCUUCUACUCCAUCGUUGUUUUCUAAUCCUGCUUCAGCCUUUGCUCCUACCACCACCCCUGCUGCUGCCAGCUCCCCAUUUCCAAAUCCAUUUGCUUCAGGUGCAGCUAUAGCAUCUGGAGCUAGCUUAACUGGAUCGAGAUCAGCUAAGCCAAAAUCGAGAACUAGCAGGCGCUAGUGACAUGCUAUACAAUGUUGAUGCACCCUGGAAAAAUCUGCUGGAAUACCUAUAUCUGCAGCUACAAGUAGAAAUGUCCUUGAAGUCAUUCGACUUGAUUGAUUCAUUUCCAUUGCCCUUCAAUUCUCAAGGCGGGGCACCGACAAGAAUAUAUCUAUCAUCUUGUAACAUUGUACGAUUACGAUAGGCAUAAUAGUAGUAAUCGUCUUUGAUUGAACAUUACUCUGGAACAAAUGUAAGCGGCAAAGCUAGUCUUCUCUCAAUUAUGUCAAGGAAUCUGAAAUUGCCCAUUGAGGGAUCAUUAAAGAGUUUUUGUUGAUCUUUUGUAUGACUUCGUUCUGUGAGCAUAAAAUCAAGUGAGUUCAAGGAUUUGGUUUACAGGCACAGGGUGCUAAAUUGGAUUGAAUAGACAUUUCGAUUGAAUA